AUGAACUUUGAAGCUGCUCCUGCAGUGCCGUCACAAAAGAAUCCCCAAAAUCCUUACAUGUGGGAGGAACAGAAAGCUAAACAUCCUCCGAGUCUGCUUUGGCGUACCCCAGCUUCAGAGAGAUGCUUAGUGGUCGACGGCGUACGAUUGAUGAUCACUUGUUGUCGUAUCUGGAUACUUGGACAAGACACCCAUCCGGAAACCGUGUUUGGAACGACCUCUGAGACGGUAUUUUUGUUCAUCUGUCAGUUGAAAGCUAGAGGUAUUAUAAUGAAUCGUGCAGACCAUGGCUCUUCUGUAUCUGUGGUAUCUCAGACGGUGCGCAUGACGACCAUUGCAGCUCUGGCAUCAAGCCUAAAAUUGGCUCUUCCAAAGGAGGAUAAAGGAUCAGUAACCAAUCCUAGCAACAAUAGUGAGUCUCUUCAUCUGUUGGAUAACAGGAUUGCUUGUCAUCAACCAUCACUGCACUAUCUGUAG